UUUGUAAUAUACUGACUGACAACAACAGUUUUCCAUGAAAUGCUCCAAUACGACAGGUGGCGCUAUUGUAAAUGAAGUAUUUGUUUUUCACCGACCAACUUUAGUGAAACGACAACAAGGUCGCUAUCAGCCGGUACGCAGAAUCAGAGAGAGAGGUUUCAACCAACAUUUAUUUGAUAAAACGAACAGCUAGACUUUCAUAACCAUUGCCAAUAUGUCCAAACUACAGUUGUUGAAUGUAUUCGUCACCGAGCGUUUAUCAGCAGCUGCUGUGGAGAUAUUCGUAGUCGUGGAGAAGAUUAUAGCGGAGUAUCAGGAAGAAAUCUGCCGUUCAGCAGAGGCAAAUGAGCGUCUACGGAGGCUGUUGGACAUGGUUAGCAAACCAGAGAUAACGUUACACAGAGACUUCCAGCUACUGUCUCCUGCCGUUCCCCCUGAGCAGCAGAACUGUGAGCAGGAGUGGAGCCCCAGUCUAGAGCAGGAGGACCCAGAACCCACACAGAUUAAAGAGGAACAACAGGAGCUCAGACUCAGUCAGGAGGACUCACCUCAGCCCUCACAUCUUUACCAAAACCAAAUUGUUGGUGAUGGAGAGAGGAGCGCUCUACCUAUCAUCAUAACUGAAGAGAUCAAAACAGAACCUGAUGGAGAGGACUACAGAGUAGCAGAACCAACCAGUGAUCAGCCCCUUUCAGUUCAUCCAGACUGCUCUGCUGCAGUGGAUAAGCCAUAUCAGUGUAAACAAUGUGGCAACAGCUUCACAUGUAAGGGACACUUGACCAUCCAUUCAAGAACACACACAGGAGAGAAAUCUUAUCUGUGUAAACAAUGUGACAAAAGGUUUAACCAGAAAGGUGACUUGGACAGACAUACAAGGGUACACACAGGAGAGAAUCCCUAUCAGUGCAAACAAUGUGGCAAAAGGUUUAGCCAGAAGGGAAGCUUGACAGUCCAUUCAAGGAUACAUACAGGGGAGAGACCAUAUCAGUGCAAAGACUGUGGCAAAGCAUUCAACCAGAAGAUAGAAUUGACAUUGCAUAUGAGAGCUCAUACAGGAGAGAGACCAUAUAUCUGUCCUGUAUGCAGGAAAGGUUACAUCGCAUUAAGCUAUUUAAGACGUCAUCAGCGUGUUCACACAGGGGAGAAACCUUACCAGUGCAAAGAAUGUUACAAAUGCUUUGGUUAUAAACAUCGCCUAACGUCACAUAUGAGCACUCAUACUAAAGGGCAUAAAUGAUAUUACUACACUGAGUGCAAUAAUAGCCUGAAAUUAAUCUGAAAUGAAAACAAAUGAAUACAUUGUCAUUGUGAAUUUCUUAAUACGUCCAACUUCUGAAUAAUUAUGUUGUUUUCUGGCACUUGAUAACAUAACAAACUGAAUAAUGUGUGUUGAGGGGAAAUCACCAGUCAGCAUCAGAUUGGUAAACUGAAUCUAGC